UUGCAUUUUUUUCUCCAUAAGACAUUAUCAGAUAUGGAUUCCUACCUGCCUGUACUUUGCAUAUUGCUGGCUCUCGGGAGCCCAGGUGAUUCACUGUCGUGUAUUGAAUGUCACAGUGUAAAUCAAAAUUUCUGUACAGGCUGCCCAAAAGUUUGUCAGUCUAAUGACGCAGCCUGUGUGUCGGGAAUAUUCAAACAAGACUCGUAUAAGCUGUUUCUCAGAUCAUGUGGGGAUAUGUCUUCAUGUAACAUGUCUGGGAGCCUUCUUCAAGGGUCGGUCCAGUUGGCUACCUCUUGCUGUCACAGUGACAAAUGUUUCUCCCCAUCACCCAACAUGCCGGCCAUCAUAACCAACAGGAAUGGAGUGACCUGCCCUUCUUGUGCUUUCUCAUUUGAUACUCAGUGUAACCUACGUCAGACCAUGGAAUGCACCGGUAAUGAGAACCGCUGUGCCACACUAGAGAUGUCUGGGGACUUAUUAACAAAUCGGAAGCUACUCGGAUGUGCCACCGAAUCCAUCUGCACACUCGGUGAUCAGACUUUCGACUUUAAUGGACAAAAAUUAGAUUUAAGAAUUUCUUGUUCCGAAUCUCAAAGUUCACUCAGCGCUGAGUUCCAGUGGUGCCCAUUUUUGUUGGCACUCACUGCGGCUUUAAUAAAAUUAAUUUCGGCCUAGUAAUCAGCUUUAUAGCACUUACGGAAUAAAUAUAAUCGAACUUUGUUUGAUUGAAACAAAAAAUAAAGCUGUAGAAUCUAAUCCGUGGCCAAUAUUUACACCACUUCAUAAAUACUUAAA